UGCCCUCCUUGCGCAACGCCAGCCCAGAUGCGGCUGCGGGCGGGGUGGCCGGGCGGUUUCCAGCCGGGCUGGAGCGGGAAGGGGCGCGGAGGGGGGAGCGACUGGCUGCGGAUUGGCCGCCUCGCUCCGCCGCCCGCCUGGGAGGCUCCGCGUCCGACAGACCGAGCCGCCGCCGCUACGGUUCGGUCCUCGCCGCUCGGCCAGCCGCGGGCGGAAGGGAAGCGGGGACGUCCCCGGCCGACAGCGAGCCGGAGCGCGGACAGCGGCGGGGCGGAAGCCCGCAAAGCGCCCGGCCAGGUCUCCGGAGCCGCCGGGCCAGGCAUGGAGGGCCCCUCCAGCCGGGUUACCCUGAACGUGGGCGGGCUGCGCUACCGCACCUGCCGCCGCAUCCUGGCCGCCUUCCCGGGCACCAAGCUGGGCGGGCUGGCCGAGCCCGGGGCCGCGGCCCGCUUCGAUUACGACGCCCGCGCCGGCGAGUUCUUCUUCGACCGGAGCGGCCGCCUUUUCGAGCACGUGCUGCACCUCUGCCGCAGCGGCCACCUCCACGGCGCCGCCGCCGCCGCCGCCAAUUGCCGCGCGGCCCUGCGGACGGAGCUGGCUUUCUGGGGGCUCUCGGAGGCGCGGCUGCCCGCCUGCUGCUGGAGCGAGCUCUGCCCGGAGGGCGAGGAAGCCGAGGAAGCCGAGCAGGGCGGCCCCGGCCAGCCAGAGGACCGGCGCGGCCUGUUGGAGCGGGUCCCGCGCGGGACGGGCGGCCCGUGGGCGCGGUGGGCGCGCCCGGCCUGGGCGUUCCUGGAGGAGCCGCACUCCUCGCCCUGGGCCACGGGCUUUGCAGUCGGGUCACUGCUGUUCAAUGUUGCUGUCAUCAUUAUCCUCUGUGUCAAAGGAGGCCAACCUGAAGACUCCAUAGGAGGCAGCAACUUCACCCACCCCCACAUCCACUACCAUUCAGUGGAAUCGUUGUGUCCCCAGAUACCUUCUCUCCUCCACCUGGAGCUUUUCUUCAUUCUCUGCUUUAUGGGUGAAUUUGUCGUUCGACUCGUUUUCUGCCCAGACAAAAAGAAAUUCUUUCAAAAGCCCCUGAAUGUGUUCGAUUUCUUGGCACUUUUCCCAGUUUGCCUGGAUCUCUCUUUCAGCGGACAUGCACACAAGCCUGAAGCUCUCCCGUGUUGGCUGAACUUGUUCCGUGUGGUGUAUAUCAUCAAACUCUUGAAGGUCUUCAAGUUGGUGGAAACCCCACUGAUGCUGAAAGUCUUCCCCUACAUGUUCAAGUCCAUCUUGAAGGAGAUUGCCAUCCUGAUGUGGGUUUUUCUUUUUGAAAUCCUUUUCUUUGGCACCCUCAUGUUGUUUGCCGAAUUGAUCGAGAAUCACCCAGAUUUACUGCUUCGUGACAUUUUCUCAUCCUUCUGGUGGGCUGUCAUCACCUUGACCACCGUAGGCUAUGGUGAUAGGCAUCCCACCCGCCCAGCUAGCAAAGUGAUUGGAGCCUGUGCGGUGCUUUGUGGCUUGCUUACCAUCAUUAUCCCCAUCCCCAUCUUUUUUAUAAAAUUCAAGAAUUAUUAUAUUUCUGCUGUAAUUAAGGAAAAGAAGAAGCGAGAAGAGAAGGCCACCGUGACAACCUCAGAAGUCUAAUGCAGUGAUUGAGGCUUUUAUUUGGAGGAGGAAACCCCUUUCCAUUCCACGCUGAACUGCAGAAUGUCCUGCUGAAUUAAAUUGGAUCUUCUGUGCUGCGUCUUUUGCUGACCUUCAUCUGUCUGCCAUGUCCCCCUGCUCUGGCCUGGUUCGGCUUUGAGAUGACUGUUGCGGACUCUGCCGCAUUGUAAUAGCAGCUCUUCUUCCUUCAGAGACGUACUCCAUAAAGCAGCCUGUAAAGUCAAGCAAUUGGGGGGGGGGGUUUGAACUGAAAUGGCCCCUGUAGUAUUGCAAACCAGAUUUUUUAUGAUUUAUACUCCCGUUCUAAUUCCUGGCAAACCUUUUACUGUCUCCCACUCGGGGGUUACUUCUGGCAUUCUUUAUUCCCUUGCACCAUUUCGCAGUGCCAGAAGUUCCCUCAAAUAACUUGGAGCCUGGACGGCCUAGGUUGCUCCACUAUUCCAUGCCCACUGCAGAGAACCAAAACAAUAACCUCCCUACCAGCCCUGUGGGAGAGUCAAAACACUGUGAAGCUCUCCUCCCAUGCAGGCGUCAUGAAUUACCUAACUGGUAAUGCAACCCUUUGUGCUCCCCAGAAUUUAUUUCCCCCUCCUAAACUGAGUCCCGGCUCAAGGACAUGCCUGCUCCCUCUUUCAGUUCUCCUGAACAGCUUGGGGGGGGGGGAGAACCCCCCCAACUGCCCUUUCCUCCUCCCAAAGAAGCUAUGAAGGCGCUGGCCCCUCUGGAAUUCUGCUGUUUGCUUCUGGGACAACUUCCCUGGUCCCAGGGAGGCAGAGGGCUCGUGCCAAGUCUCCUUGGCACCAGACAUGCCAGCUGUCUUGUUUCACACUUGGCCACUUCAGAUCUAGUGACUUCUGAAGCAGUUCUAGCUCUCGCCUUUCCUCUUGUCCUCCCUUCCUGCUUAUUUUCUCUCCCCACUCCCAGCUUAUUACUUUCAAAUGAUCACAAGCUCAAGAAAUAAAAGGGUGGUUGGUUUCAAAAGUUCAUUUCCUUGCCUUGAAAUAACCUCUCCGGUCAAGAAGGGGAGAGAGGUGGUGUUAGUUUUGUUAAUAAGCGUAGUGUAAAAUAGCACUUUUUUCUUCCAUCUAAGAUGCUUUUCUUAUGAGGCCAUUUACAAUCUUGACACCUACAGGCUGACAGGCUCCUCUGCCACACACAGUCUGACUUGCUCCCUAGUAGUCCUGCACUCUAUUCACAGGCCAGCUCUCCCCCCUCCCCCCCCCAGGGGCUUGCUCAGAAGGCUAAUCUGCACAGGCACCCAAACUAAUGCCAACCAAGUUUAGUGGGCAGACACAUUUGUAUUUAAACUAGCCGGAUUUCACAUUGUGUGUAAACAUUGUGCCUGUCCCAAGUAGCUGUGCUAAGCGUGGAGUAGGCAGAAGGAAGCAAAUGAGAGCCAAGAGAAGUUUGUGGCAUCUUGAGUUGGAGGUUGUUAAUCACAUCGUAACCGUCUGUGAACUUCUUGAACUGCUAGCGAUGUCAGCCCUCCCUCUGAAGCAGGGCUUCGGUGGGGCUUCCUAUUUGUAAAGAAGAGGUGUCCAUACAAAGCUCGGCCCAAUCUGGUUACAAAGGGAU